AUGAGAGUUGUCUUCUGGAACAUUAAUGGGAUUGUGCGAGAUGAAGCACAAGGCAGAUUGCGUGAGUUAGUUAAGGAAUUUAAACCUGAUAUUAUUGGUAUUGUGGAACCAAGAGUUUCAGUUACUUCUAGAUCUGUUAGAAGGUUUUCUAUUCAGGGUGUCAAUAAUUCUAUUAUUCAUAAUUCCACUAAUUCUCGUAUUGGGAAUCUGUGGGUAAUGUGGUCGUUGAAUAUUGCUGAUCCAGUGGUGUUGAACUGUUCACAUCAAGCCAUAACUAUUAGUGUUAACGGUGUUCAUAUUUCCAUUGUUCAUGCUAGUUCGGAUCAAGUUACUAGAAGAGCUUUAUGGAAUCAGUUGGAUAUGGGCGCUCAACGGGUUCCGUGGUUAGUUGUUGGUGACUUUAAUUGUGUUCUUCGCAAUGAAGAGAAGAAAGGGGGUGCUAUUCCAAGGACUACUGCAGUGAAUGAAUUUAGUGAUUGGUUGGACGAUAAUAGUCUUUUCGAAGCGGAGUCUUUGGGAAGCAAAUUCACUUGGUCCAAUAGGCAGUCGGGGGUUAGAAGAAUUAUUAGUAAGCUUGAUCGUGCGGUGAUUAAUGAACCUCGUUUGGCGCCUUUUCGGGUUCAAAAGAUGUGGUUUGGGCAUCCAGAUUUUAAGCGAAUGGUUGAAGAUAGUUGGAAGGUUCCUAUUGUGGGUUCUCCAGCUUUUAUCUAUCCUCAGAAAUUAAAGCGUCUAAAAAUUGCUAUGAAAUUGUGGAAUCAGGAGGUUUUUGGUAAUGUUAAUAUAAGACUGAAACAUGCUAAGCUCAGACUUGAGAGUUCUUUGAGGCUAACGGAUGAAAACCCCUCUGAUGUGGAAAAAUUGAAUUUGAUGAGAAGUGCAAGUGUGGAAGUUAAUGAUAUUCGUAUGAAACAGGCUAUUAGAAGUAGUAAUACUAUUUCGGAGUUGGUGGAUGAUAAUGGGGUGAUGGUUACUGAUUGUGAUCAGAUUCGGGACCUUAUUGUCAAUUAUUAUGAGGCGAAAUUUAAUGGGGAUGAUUCUAUUCCGGUGGAGGCUCUUUUUGAUAUUGAUCAUCCUAGUAUUUUUGUUGAGGAAUGUGCUAGCAUGGAUCGGUUGCCUACUCUUGAGGAGAUUCAUGCGGAUGUUUUUGAUUUGGGAGCUGAUAGUGCGCCUGGUCCGGAUUGUUUUGCUGGUUUCUUCUAUAGGCAUUGUUGGGAGAUUAUUCGUGAUGAUUUGAUUUUUACUAAGAUUUUAGCUACUAGGCUUGGUGAUGUCUUGGACAAAUUAAUUUCUGAGGAGCAGGUGGCUUUUAUGAAGGGUGGGAAUAUUCAUGAAAACAUCAGUCUUGCCUCGGAAAUGGUUAAUGAAACUCAAAUUAGGCGCAAAGAGGGUAAUGUGGUUUUAAAACUUGACAUAACUCAGGCGUUUGACACUUCCGCUAGAAUUUCAGUGUUGGCUCAUGGUAGUCCAGAAGGUUUUUUCAGUAUUGAUAGAGGUCUUCGUCAGGGUUAUCCUCUUUCUCCUCUAAUCUUUGUGUUGAUUGAAGAUGUCUUAAGUAGAAAUAUUAUGAAACUUUUUCGUAGUGGUUGUAUGACUCAUAUGGUUAGCAGAAAAGGAAACAUGAAGAGUUUGAGAAACCUGGUGGACUUAUUGAGUUUGUAUCAGCGUGCUUCUGGGCAGACGGUGAGUCGAGAGAAGAGUAAACUCUAUUAUGGUGGUGGUUCUUUGAAUAGAAGAUCUACGAUUGCUGCUUUUUUAGGGAUGCCUAUUGCUUAUUUUCCGGAUAGGUAUCUUGGUGUUAAGGUAAUGCCAGGUGCUGUGAGGUAUCAUCAUGUUGCCAAUGUUGUUGAGCAAAUUAAAGAUCAAUUAUCCGGUUGGAAAGGUAGGUUGCUCUCUUUUCAAGAUAGAGUUGUGUUGGUAAAAUCAGUGAUUGCUAGUUACUCGGUUCAUAAUAUGGUUGUUUACAAGUGGCCAAGGAAGUUUGUUCAUGAAUGUGAGGUUGCCAUUCAGAAUUUUCUUUGGUCUGGUGAUUCUAAGGUGAGUAGAUCUUUUGUUGUAGCUUAUGACAAAAUUUGCGCUCCUUAUGAUGAAGGUGUUUUGGGUUUAACUCAAUUGGGAGUUAUGAACAAGGCUCUUCUUAUGAGUUUGUGGUGGAAAAUUCGUAGCUCUAAGAAGGUUUGGGCUCGUUUUUUACGUGCUAGAUUUUUUAUGAGAAAUGGAAAUUUAGUUCAUUACAUUAAAUCUUCCAUUCUUCCUGGGAUAAAAUGGGCUUACUCUUUGGUGGAGGAUAACACUAAGGUCUUAAUAGGGGAUGGGCGUAAUACUUCCCUUUUCUAUGAUGUGUGGGUUGGUGAUACGGCUAUUGCUGAUAUUCUUGAAGAUUAUUCUCUUAAUCGUGUUGUUUUAGUGAGUGAUAUUCUUGUUAACGGUGCUUGGAACUUAAUUGAGGACUACCGCAGCACUUUGUUAGCUGCUGGCAUUGAGGAGGUGGAUUUACCUUUCAUUUUGGAUGGAGAUGAUUGUCAGGUUUGGAUGCCUAGCACCACUGGUCAGUUCACGGCGAAAGCUGCAAAAUCUUUUAUUCGUAAGAGAUAUGGGAAGUUGGAGGGUGCUAACUUGCUGUGGAGACAAUCUGUUCACCCUGCAUUAGCAGCUAGAAACUGGAAGAUAUUAAAAGGAGUGUGCUCUACGCUUGAUCAAGUCAGAAGCCGGUUCAAAAUUCAGGUUGUAAACAAGUGUUGUUUGUGUAAUAGCAUAGAGGAAUCUUUGGAUCACUUGCUUUGGCGUUGCAGGUUUGUUGAGAUGGCUUGCAGCUGGAUUUCAGAUAUAUUUAGGGUGCAAUUGCACCUGAAUCUGACUACAGCCUACAAGGAAGUUCGUGGAAGAAGUGGCAGACGGUGA